GGAAGGAGCAGACUGGGACUUUCCUCCGGCUGCCGCCCGGCUCUGCCCUCCUAUCCUUAGCCCAGGCUUCCCAGCUGCCAGACAGGCUAUACCUAUGGCACCUCCAAGCGAGGAGACACCCCUGAUUCCUCAGCGUUCCUGCAGCCUCUCGUCUUCAGAAGCUGGUGCCCUGCACGUGCUGCUGCCCCCUCGGGGCCCUGGACCCCCACAGCGCCUAUCUUUCUCCUUUGGGGAUCAUUCAGCUGAAGAGCUGUGUGUUUGGGCUGCUAAGGCCAGUGGCAUCCUGCCUGUGUACCACUCCCUCUUUGCUCUGGCCACGGAGGACCUGUCCUGCUGGUUCCCCCCAAGCCACGUCUUCUCCGUGGAGGACUCGGGCACCCAAGUCCUGGUCUACAGGCUCCGCUUUUACUUCCCCAACUGGUUUGGGCUAGAGAAGUGCCACCGCUUUGGGCUACGAAAGGACUUGGCCAGCGCCAUCCUUGACCUACCAGUCCUGGAGCACCUCUUCGCCCAGCACCGGAAUGACCUGGUGAGUGGCCACCUCCCCGUGGGCCUCAGUCUCAAGGAGCAGGGUGAAUGUCUCAGCCUGGCGGUGCUGGACCUGGCCCGGAUGGCCCGCGAGCAGGCUCAGCAGCCUGAGGAACUGCUGAAAACUGUCAGCUACAAGGUCUGCCUGCCCCCCGACCUGCGCGACCUGAUCCAGGGCCUGAGCUUCGUGACGCGGAAGCGCAUCCGCAGGACUGUGCGCCGGGCCCUGCGCCGCGUGACCGCCUGCCAGGCUGACAGGCACUCGCUCAUGGCCAAGUACAUCAUGGACCUGGAGAGGCUCGACCCGGCCAGGGCGGUCGAGACCUUCCUCGUGAGCCUCCCCGGGGCUGCUGGUGGUCUGGAUGCGCAGGGGCUGCUCCGAGUGGCUGGUGACACCGGCAUUGCCUGGAGUCCAGGAGGACAAGAGGCCCUCCAGCCCUUCUGCGACUUUCCAGAAAUUGUGGACAUCAGCAUCAAGCAGGCUCCGCGUGUUGGCCCGGCCGGGGAGCACCGCCUGGUCACCGUCACGAGGACAGACAACCAGAUCCUGGAGGCCGAGUUCCCGGGGCUGCCCGCCGCGUUGUCCUUCGUGGCGCUCGUCGACGGCUACUUCAGGCUGACCUCCGACUCCAGGCACUUCUUCUGCAAGGAGGUUGCGCCGCCGCGGCUGCUGGAGGAGGUGGCCGAGCAGUGCCACGGCCCCAUCACCCUGGAUUUUGCCAUCAACAAGCUCAAGACUGGGGGCUCACUUCCCGGCUCCUACGUUCUCCGCCGCAGUCCCCAGGAUUUUGAUUGCUUCCUCCUCACUGUCUGUGUGCAGACCCCCCUGGGGCCUGAUUAUAAGGGCUGCCUCAUCCGGUGUGACCCCACGGGGACCUUCUCCCUGGCUGGCCUUGGCCGCCCCCAUAGCAGUCUCCGAGAGCUCUUGGCAGCCUGCUGGGACGGCGGGCUGCACGUGGACGGGGUUGCGCUGAACCUCACCUUCUGCUGCACCCCCAAACCCAAAGAAAAGUCCAACCUGAUUGUGGUGCGGAGGGGUUGCAGCACACCCACUUCAUCCCCUGUUCAGCCCCAAUCCCAAUGCCAGCUGAAUCAGAUGACGUUUCACAAGAUCCCUGCUGACAGCCUGGAGUGGCAUGAGAACCUGGGUCAUGGGUCCUUCACCAAGAUAUACCGAGGUUGUCGCCACGAGGUCGUGGAGGGGGAGGCCCGGGAGACGGAGGUGCUGCUCAAAGUGAUGGAUGCCAAGCACAAAAACUGCAUGGAGUCAUUUCUGGAAGCAGCAAGUUUGAUGAGCCAAGUGUCAUACCAGCAUCUCGUGUUGCUCCAUGGCGUGUGCAUGGCUGGAGACAGUAUCAUGGUACAGGAAUUUGUACACCUGGGAGCGCUGGACACCUACCUGCGCAAGUCUGGCCACCUGGUGCCAGCCAGCUGGAAGCUGCAGGUGAUCAAACAGCUGGCCUAUGCCCUCAACUAUCUGGAAGACAAAGGCCUCCCCCAUGGCAAUGUCUCAGCCCGGAAGGUGCUCCUGGCUCGCAAAGGGGCUGAUGGGAACCUGCCCUUCAUCAAGCUGAGUGAUCCUGGUGUCAGCCCCUCUGUGCUAAGCCGGGAGAUGCUCACUGACAGGAUCCCCUGGGUGGCCCCCGAGUGUCUCCAGGAGGCCCGGACACUUGGCUUGGAAGCUGACAAGUGGGGUUUUGGUGCCACAGUCUGGGAGGUGUUCAGUGGGAUCCCGAUGCCCAUCAGCACCCUGGAUCCCGCCAAGAAGCUCCAGUUUUACGAGGAGCGGCAGCAGCUGCCUGCCCCCAAGUGGAUGGAGCUGGCCAUACUGAUCCAGCAGUGCAUGGCCUAUGAGCCAGGCCAGAGACCCUCCUUCCGUGCCAUCAUCCGUGACCUGAACAGCCUCAUCACUUCAGAUUAUGAGCUCCUCUCAGAUCCCACGCCCGGUGCCUUGGCGCCCCGUGAUGGGCUGUGGAAUGGCGCCCAGCUCUAUGCCUACCAGGACCCUACCAUUUUUGAGGAGAGACACCUCAAGUACAUCUCACAGCUGGGCAAGGGCAACUUCGGCAGCGUGGAACUGUGCCGUUAUGACCCUCUGGGUGACAACACGGGCGCCCUAGUGGCAGUGAAGCAGCUGCAGCACAGCGGGCCAGACCAGCAGAGGGACUUCCGGAGGGAGAUCCAGAUCCUCAAAGCCCUCCACAGCGACUUCAUUGUCAAGUACCGUGGCGUCAGCUAUGGCCCAGGCCGCCAGAGCCUGCGGCUGGUGAUGGAGUACCUGCCCAGCGGCUGCCUGCGCGACUUCCUACAGCGGCACCUCGCGCGCCUCGACGCCAGCCGCCUGCUCCUCUACGCCUCGCAGAUCUGCAAGGGCAUGGAGUACCUGGGCUCCCGCCGCUGCGUGCACCGCGACCUGGCUGCGCGUAACAUCCUGGUGGAGAGCGAGACGCACGUCAAGAUCGCCGACUUUGGCCUCGCCAAGCUGCUGCCGCUCGACAAAGACUACUACGUGGUCCGCGAGCCCGGCCAGAGCCCCAUCUUCUGGUACGCCCCGGAGUCCCUCUCUGACAAUAUCUUCUCGCGCCAGUCCGACGUCUGGAGCUUCGGGGUCGUCCUGUACGAGCUUUUCACCUACGGCAACAAGAGUUGCAGCCCCUCAGCCGAGUUCCUGAGGAUGAUGGGAUGUGAUGGAGAUGUCCCGGCCCUCUGCUGCCUCCUGGAGCUGCUGGCUGAGGGCCAGAGGCUGCCCGCGCCUCCUGCCUGCCCUGGUGAGGUUCAUGAGCUCAUGAAGCUGUGCUGGGCCCCUAGCCCGCAAGACCGGCCAACAUUCAGUGCCCUGGGACCCCAGCUGGAUGCACUAUGGAGUGCAAGCCAGGGCUAG